ACACAUGUUCCUUCUCAUUUCAUCUUCCUAACUAUUUACCCUUUUCUCUCUUCAAACAACAUUAUUGAAGAGAAAAAAAGAACCCUAGAAGAAAAUAAAAAUAAAAAUGGGUGAUAGCAUUUCCAAUUUCUUUGAAGACCAAGACUUGGGUGAUUCGGGCUUCUCGGGCCUCCCGGCCUCGCCGGACGACCUCUUUAGCAUCUUCGACGCUUUAGAGGGCUUAAAAGAGGCGGCGACAACCGCUUCCGGUGGUGCAAAUAAUAAUGAAGUUACAACUAAAAGGAGUUUUAUGUCAUUUCAAGACUUGUCUGAGACUGAGCUUGAUGCACUCGAAGCUGAGUUAGGUGAUAAUAAUGAACAACCAAAGAGUAAGAAGGCUAAGAGAACAGUUUUGGAAGAGAAGGAAACAGGAGAAGGAGAUGGAGAUGAUGACGGAAGCAAGGUGUCUCAUAUAACUGUGGAAAGAAACCGGAGGAAGCAAAUGAAUGAUCAUCUUUCUGUCUUGCGUUCUCUUAUGCCUUGUUUCUAUGUUAAGAGAGGUGAUCAAGCCUCUAUAAUCGGCGGAGUAGUGGAUUACAUAACUGAAUUACAACACCUUCUUCAAGCCCUUGAAGCAAAGAAGCAAAGAAAGGUGUACAAUGAAGUACUUAGCCCUAGGAUUGUUUCAAGUCCUAGGGUUAUUUCAAGUCCAAGGCUUUCACCACAAGUACUUAGCCCUAGAAAACCACCACUAAGCCCUAGGAUUAACCUACCAAUUAGUCCAAGAACCCCUCAACCAAGUAGCCCUUAUAGACCAAGGAUCAAUAUCCCUUCUACAAUGGCUACCCCUAUCGACCUUUCGCCUUCUUCCUCGAGUUCUUCCAUUAAUGAUUGUUUUUCUAACGAGCUCGUGGCCAACUCGAGAUCUCCGAUGGCUGAGGUGGAGGUGAAAUUCUCCGGCCCUAAUCUUCUCCUUAAGACGGUUUCUCCUCGAAUUCCGGGACAAGUUGUGAAGAUUAUUUCUACCCUUGAAGAACUCUCCCUUGAGAUUCUACAUAUCAACAUUAUUACCGUUGAAGAUACUAUGCUCAAUUCCUUUACAAUCAAGAUUGGAAUUGAAUGCCAACUCAGUGCUGAUGAACUUGCUCAUCAAAUCCAACAAACAUUCUGCUCUACUCCACUUCUUAAUUAAAUCUAAAUUUAAUUUUAAAUUUAAUUUAAUUAAUCAUGCAUGAAGAAAAACAAAUGAAAAAUCCAAUUAUCCAAAUAAUUAAAUAUAACCCUGCUCGAUCUCUGACCUCAUUCUGCCAUGAGAUUGCAUUUACAUUUACUGCCACAUAUUUUUACUGAUCAUGUAACUGUAACUUUUGUUAUUAUCAUUGUUUUUUUUUUUUUUCCGAAUUUGUGUAACUUUUUUUUUAACCUUUUGUAAUCUUAGUUAUGGUACAGAUAGAUACCAUAUUUGAUAUUUCUAUAGUUUUUGAUUUGUAGCAAUGAAUUUUAUCCAUUUCUUGGUAUAGUGUUAUAUCAAUAUAUCUAUAGCAUAUUUUCAGCAUAAA